AUAUGACAAAUUGUUACAGUUCUACACGUGUUUUGUGGGAAAAAUAUACAUUUAAAGAUGUCAGAAAAGAAUUAUGCAAACGCAACGAUGAAAAAUGAAGGAUGGAAAAACAUAAAUUGAGAAGAAAUAUUUCCCCGCAUUCCAUGCAACCGACUCAUACGGGAUGAGUAAAUGGAGAAAAUUAAAUUAUGCGUAGAAAAGAUACAUUAAAAAUCUCACAUACGUCUCAUUAGUAAGCACAUGCAGAAUGAUCAUAUUAAACUAUUUAUUUACAUGUUCUCACAAUAUCUUUUCUGUUCGACUCACAUGUCUGAGAAUUUAUUUUUCUUACUUUUAAAUUUUAUGCUCUCAAAUUUUUUUUUACAUUUUCAAAAAAAGAAAACAGAAAAAAAUAUUGAGAUGUCGAUUUUUUUUCUAUAUUUUCAUUUUCCGAGAGAUUUUCCUUGAGCCGCUGAGCGAGUUUAAGUUUCAGUUCAACGCGGUCUUUCGUUGUGAAUUAAUCUCGAUCGAGAAAAAUGAAGGAGAGUGAGAAGAAUAAUUAUGAAUAAUACUAUUAAUAACGAUAAUAGUGAAAGUAUUUUGUCACUAAUUUAGAUUGAGAAUCGGUGUGUAUUUUUAUUGUGCACAGCAUUGAUUUCUGUUCAUGCAAUAAAUUUAAUUUACAUUUUUUUUUCUUUAUUUUUGAAAAGAUUUUUUUUUCUUUUUUCGCUAAAAAUACAUUUUGAAAAUUUCUCACAUAUGAGAAACAGAAAAUAAAUGGUCAACACGAAAUCAAUGACUUAAAAAGUGAUCUAUAGACUAGAUUUUUAUAAUAUAUCAUUUGUGCUAUUAAAUUAUAAUAAUCAAUAACAGUGAAAUGUGGAAAAAUUGCCGAAGGGAAAACGGAAGUGAAGAGGCAAUAAAGUAUGUGUGAAUUAUAGAGCACCAAAUGUGUUACGGAAUUCAGAAAAAAUGUCGAGGAAAAAAUCGAUCGACAUAACGAAUCUUCCUGAAGUGCCACAAAUUCCAUCCGAAAAUAGUGCAGUGAGUAAGAAGAGCAAUGCAAUAAUACGAAUCGAAGGCAAUAAUGAUCAACUUGUCACAAUGUUGACUAGCUUAAAAGAGCGUGAAGAAUUGCUGUAUGAGAAUGUAAAAAGUCUCGAUAGUGAAAAUGUUGAAAUAAAUCAAGCCGCCGAAAUGUCUACGAAUAUCACUAAUAAAAGUAAUAAUAAUAAUAAUAAUAAUAACAUGUGUGAAGAAGAAUGUCGUGACUAUAUUGCCCCAUUGAUGAGUCGUACGCAAGCAACAAUUUCGACACUCUUAGCUACUAAAGAAUCACUCGAUCAACUCGACAAUUUACAUCGUAUCAUUCAUCAAUUGUUGACUGUUCAAGAACAAAAUUAUCAAAUGAGAAAACGAUUGAAGACUGUUAAAACGCUUAAUGCUCUAAAGGAAAUGGAAAUACAAAUAAAUUCAGAUCCCGAAAAGUUCAUGAAAUCUAAUGUGUUUCUUGAAGACGGAUCUGAUAUGGAUAAUGAGGGGAUGAUUGAAUUUGAACAGAACAUUGCGGAUCUAGAAACAAUGUUAGCAGCUAGUAAAAGCGCAAGCAGUAAACGAAGUGCUUCAAAAAAGCAGAGGAGUAAGUCGGUUAUAUCAGAGACAGAUGAUAAUAUGAUGCCAUUGAAAGAAAAUAAUAGAAAUUAUCCAUUACGUCGUCAAAGUGCUAUAACAGAUUUCAAGCCAAAGGUUUCAAAAUGGACAAAAGUAAAGGCAGCAUUUAAAUGGGAAAAGGCGAACACAUUAACACUCAAUGAAUCGAAAAGUUCAGAUGCGAUUCUUUCACCUGCUAAUGAUUCAUAUAAGAAUUUUCUAAAAGUUCCAUCAACACCAGCACCGCUAUCAUGUAAUUCUGGUGAUUCAUGUAUCAGCACCUCAUCUGGGAAAGUUCUUACGGCUACAUCUGGCUCUCAACGAGAUGUUAUAUCUAGUGCACCAAGUUCUGGCGAUGAAAACGAUGAAACAACUAAAGCAAGAAAUUAUAUUCGUCCGCCAUCAUUUCAUGAUGAUGAAAGACGCAGUCAUUCAUUAGACGGAGAGCUUACAUUUGGAGCAAACACACAUCAUUCAGACAAGACGAACAGCAAUAAUAAAAACAGUAAGUCAGCAUGGAGCAAGGUCAAGGGCAUUGUAACAAAUAGAAAUUCGCGAAAGUCUAUAAAAUCAACAGGAAGUGGAAAUAGUCGUGAUGUGAGUCCAAUAGAGUUUAAUAGUGAUCCAUUUGGAGAUCGAAGUGACUCCAUUUCAUCACCAAAUCAUUCGUCAUCAUCACCUAAUAAUUUAAAUCUUGGAAUUCCUGAUAUUGAUUUAUGUCCAACGAGUGAUGAAAAUGAGAACAGAUUAAACGAUGGGAGGCCUGUGAGAAAUUUGAGGCAGAGUAAGAAAGGUUCAAAAAAGAGCAAAACAUUUCCGGAAAUUGAAAGUCUACCAGAGGAUGAGGCAUUUGAAACUAGCUACAGUAGAAGGCAUUUACCUAGUCCGCUAACGAUAAAAAAGGACUUUAGCGAAACCGACAGCAUUGAGGGAAGUAUCAUCAUCACACCGACCAUCAAAAAGCUAUACCAUCAUAGAAACUUGUCAAUAUCAGAUCCAAAUAGUCCGAUGAAAAAUCAAGAAUUCUUCUCUGAAGUGGACUUUUCAAGUGGUGGUGAUAACGACUUUUCCAACUCGGAACCACUCUCGCCUCUCAAGAGGGGCUCAAACAACUCAUCACAAUCAUCACGUCAACAAUAUGAGAUUAUGAGGAAUUAUCAAGAGCUGCAAAGAAAAAUUAAUACAGAGUUUGAGUCAAAGCAGCAAGAAUGGGGAAAAAUGAGACCACUGGUCCUUCAAUUGAAUAAUUCAGUUCCUGGAUAUUUGAAGGAGGAUUUAAGUCUACCUAGUACUCCCAAAAAUAUCAUUGAUAAUCUUCUGAUGAAUGAAGAAAAUCUCUCUGCAGACUUCAAACGAAAACUCAACGAAUGGCGAGUAAAGAAAGGACAUCAGUCAAUGAAAGAGCCAUCGAAGAAAUCAAUGUCUCUAAAAUCACCCCAUACAAGAUAUGAGCAAGGUCUCGUUACAUUGCCCGAGUUUAAAGAUUUACCAGAGGAAUUUCAGAAGAAAUUUAAUGAAUGGAAGCAAAUGAAGGCAGGAGGUCGAAGUCCACCACCAUACUCGCAUCAGACAUCAGUACACGAGAAAUUUAAAAGGCAAUUUUCAAAAACAGAUAAAUCCUCAUCGUCACAUGAGUCAAGCAUGAAGAAAACAAAAACGUCUGAUGACAAGUCAGAUGCAGAAGUCUUUCCAUUGGAUAUUCCAUUAGACAUGGAAGAAGAAAUUGUCGUUCAAACAUCAGAAGGCUUAAUGAAAUUUAAAGGAAUAUCAAGAAGUUUCACGAGGAAGCUCUAUGAGUGGGAGAAAGCUAAAGGCAUUGAACCUGCAAGUGACUCAUCAACAUUUGCAUUUUUACAUCCAAAAUAUAAAGCGACUAUCAAUGAGAAUGAUAAUGACUUUGAAAACGGCAUGAAACGAGCAUUGUCUGUAGACAGCAUUAAACCUGUCCAAUCCUGUUCACAAAUGUCUCACUCACAGCCUUCGAGCUUAUCAUUAAAUGAUGCUGAUAAUAUGAAGGAACCUGUUGAGAAAAAGACUUCCUCAAAUCUUGAAUUAUUCAGUGAAGUAAACGAGAGUUUUGAGAGUGCAGCAGAAGAGCCGGAAGCAGUAAUUGUCGAAGUUGAGGAUGAGGGGUGUGAAAUAAUUUCAUCUGCUUCUCCUCAAAUGCAGAUUCCGAUUUUCAAGUUCGACUUCGCAAGCAAAGAUUUAAGAAGCAGUAGACGAGAAGAACUCAAGAGAGCCUUUGAAGACCUGAAAAUGCUGACCAGGCAGUUCUAUGAGACAUCUUUAGAUGAAACGAUUAUAAAUUCCAUCGACAAUAUGGAUAAUAUGAAACAUUUGAUUGAAGCAUCAAGGCAUCUAACCGAACAUUUGCAAAGAACAAAGCUCAAUAAGAAGGACGAUAAAUUAGAAAUAUUUCAAAUCACUCGACAGCUGAGAGACUCGAUCCAUAGAACAACAUCAUACGAAUAUGUCCUUCCAACACUUAACAACUUAUCAUCUGAGAUUAAUAAGAAUUUAAUCAGACUAGAAGAGACAUUAAGGCACUUGGAGGAUGAAAGCAGUUCUCAUAAUGAAUAUCAAUAUCAAGCAACAAGUUCCAUACAAAAUUCCGAGGAUAAAGCAAUAGCAACGAUUAAAAUUACACCCACAUUCAUUUGCAAUUCUGUAAAAGUUGAAGAUCCUAUAAACAAUAAUAUUGCACAUUUAAAAGUAUCAUCUGAAUCAGAAAUGCCAGAAUUAAGUACUGAGGAUAUGAGAAGUGACGAUAGAUCAACAAAGAAAGUGACAAGAAAUUCAAGUAGCAGUUCAAAAAGAAAAAUACGCUUACGUCGUAUGGGAUCUCGACAGAAUAGUAAAACAGAAAGUGAUAGUGAUGACGAGUAUACAUUAACUUCAGAAACUCAAAGAAAAGUCAAGAGAAAGUCUAGUCGUGCGAAAAAGCAACCUGAUUCUGACAAGUCUUUUGAUAGUUUCCAAGGUGAGGAGGAAGUCGUGUAUGUUUUUAAAAUUAAACCUGGCGAGACAAAUGAAGUUACAACAACAACAAUUGAGAUUUCAGACACUAAGCAUAAUGAUUCAGUUUUAAUAUCUCCAACUGAAAAUUGUGUUGAAUUGAUUGAAGUGUCAGCAAAUGACAUUAAUAACACGUAUAAGAAUCCAAUUGUAAAAACUAAGCGAAAAAUAUUUACUCCAUAUGAGUGCAAUGAUAAUGAAAUUAAUAAUAACGCACUUUUCAUUAGCCGUGAAAUUGAAUCGUCAAGUGGUUCAGAGAAAAAUGAUAAGGAAGUUAAUAAGCUAGAAACUAAAGAGCUAAAUGAAGCCACGUCAUCCGCUGACAUUUCAUUGAAAUUGUCAUCACAAACUAUUGAAGCUAAUGUAAAUGAGAAAACUGAAUGUGUACGUAAGGAUUUAUCUCCGAGUAUUAGGCUCAUGAUUGAAAAAUAUCACCACAAUAUAGAGCACAAGCCUAAAUCAAAUUCCAAUUCUUCAUCACCAAUCUGGUUAUCACCAGUUCUUGAUAGGCGUGUCAGAAAACAAAGUGCUGAGUAUCAGUUUAAGAUUUUAAAGUCAAGUAGCUUCCAAGAAAUCGAUGUGACUGAAGAAAAUGAAGAUGAGGGCGUUCCAAUAAAGUCACGUGAUGAUACAUCUGAGAAACCUUUCAAGUCGGAGAUAUUUAUUGAUAAAAAUGAAAAACAAUUUGAAUUGAUUGAGUCAGAGUCAACAGAAUCGACUGAAAAUGGAAAUAAUGUUCAAGAAAUUGAAUCAAAUGAAUCUCGAUUGAAUGUAAUUGAACAGCUAAUAGAGCAACAAGUUCCAAAUGUUUCAACAGGUGCUAUCCCAAAAGUUAAUAGAACACCUCACAUUCAAGUUAUUCGGUCGUCAGAUUACAUGAGUGACUCUUCAUGUGCUAAAGAAAGUAGCAACAAGAAUGAGGAAUUAGAAAAGCCAAGGACUCCAAUAAGUGAAAGAGCUUUGAGGAUAAAACAAGCUAAAGAAGCUUUCUUCAAGAGCACACUGACAUCAAUGACCGAUGAGCAAACAAAAUGGAGUUAUCGAAUGAGUCAAAUAUCUGUUGGAAGUACGGACAGUAACAGCAUAGAGAACAUGUCAAAUAGCUGUGGUGUAUUGCCAACGAAAGAUUCUUGUAUGGACGACCCUGAAAAUGAAGCUAAAACAUCAUCACUUCCAAGAAAUAUUCUCCCAAGUGCCGCAAUGAAUCAAGAGUUUGAGAAAGAUUCACAAAAGCAUUCAAAAUUUGGAUUGUCGAGUUUGGCAACAAAACUUCGCAAAGUUAAACUAAAGCGAAAUACCAAAGAAGUUCAAAAAAUGAAUACAGUUCCAGUAUUGUGCAGACAAAGUCUUAAUUUAUUUAAUGAAUCAUCCGAUUCUAAAACACUUAAUUCUAAUACAACAAAUCCCAAUCAUGACAAUGUUAAAAAGUCAAAAAGUUUGGGAAAAUUUUAAGUUUGUUAAAUUCUCAAUGUUUAAUUUAUUAACUUUUUCACACUUAAUUAUUAUUUAAGAAUUAUUGUUGCAUUAAGGAUUUAUCCAGAAAUAAGCGAAAAAAGAUACAAUAAAAAAUUGUAUUGGAAACACAAGACGAUAUUGAAUUUCAAAUGUUUCCAAGUAAGCUGAAUAUCAUUCAAAAUCAGUAGUAGUAGUAGUUUGUUCUGGAUCUGUUGUUGUGGCAACCUCAGUAGUAGUAGUAGUUUGUUCUGGAUCUGUUGUUGUGGCAACCUCAGUAGUAGUAGUAGUUUUUUGUUCUCUAUCUGUUGUUGUGGCAACCUCAGUAGUAGUAGUAGUUUGUUCUGGAUCUGUUGUUGUGGCAACCUCAGUAGUAGUAGUAGUAGUUUGUUCUGGAUCUGUUGUUGUGGCAACCUCAGUAGUAGUAAUAGUUUGUUCUGGAUCUGUUGUUGUGGCAACCUCAGUAGUAGUAGUAGUUUGUUCUGGAUCUGUUGUUGUGGCAACCUCAGUAGUAGUAGUAGUUUGUUCUGGAUCUGUUGUUGUGCCAACUUCAGGAGUAGUAGUUUGAUCUGGCGUUGUGGCUAUAGUUGUAGAUUUAAGUGCGAUACAUUCUCUUACUUCUUCCAACAUAUCACUAAUUUGUUCCUCUCCUGCUUUAAUUUGAUUAUCAAUACAUUCGUACGAUCCUUUGAUUGAAUCUUCAAUUUUAGAUGUUAUAGAUUUUGCUGUAUUGUCAAUGUUUUGUAGCAAAGCUUCAACUGAAUUACGUAUUAUAGCAGCUGCUUCCACUGCACAUGUAAUCUUAUCUCCAAAUGAGGGUUUUUUUAAGCAGUCUUCUAUUGUUGCUCUGACAUUUGAAAUUAUCUGUUGAUUGGCGUAUCCAAAAUUUUCAACAUCAUUACUAAUUGAUGUGAGUAUAUCUUUUCCUUCGUAAUAACACUCUGUGAUUUCUUCAAUUGUUUCAGUUUUAAUAUCCUGAAAUUUUCCAUCAGUUUCGCUAAAACAUCCAACGAUUCCUACUCCUAUAAGUUCUUCAAUUUCAUCCUUAGCUUUCAAAAGAUCAAAUACAAAAUUCGCAAUAGCUUGUUGAAUAGCAGUUUCGAUACUUGUGAUUCCAUUUAAAACCAAAUUUCCAACGGUUGUAAGUAAAUUGUUCAAGGCACCAGACACUGUUUGAAUUAAUUGAUCAACUACUCCAACUAAUGCACCUGUCAAAUCAAGUGCUCUUUGAUCUCUGAUCCUUAAUUCUGUAUAAUAAUCUGUAGAAUAUUGGAAACUAGAUGCAAAGAAUAAACUGACCAGAAACAAGAACUAUAAGAAGAGCUAAUCAAAUAAAUGACGAUAAAAAUCUCUAGGGUGUUGGAUUUAGAAUUGAAGUAAGUCCGAUUGAUUCAUUGAGCUUUUAUUGAAUGUGAACUUACUUUAAGCUUUGUUAAUGUAAGCUUAAUUAAAGCUUUUAUCUUAUUCCUAUUAAAAGCUUUUUUG